GGCCGCGGGCUCCGCGGAGGGACAGACGCACGGCUCGCGGGAGAGACGGACCCACGAGCGCGCCGCGCCGCGCCGCCGGCCCGGUCCCCACCCCCCGGCGCCCACGCCUUCCCCGCGCCGCCCCCUCUGUAUGGCACAAACUUUCCUCCCGGGACGGAACACGCUGUCUCCGGGAGCCCGCGCCCGCGCCUUCUCCUCGGCUAGUCCAGAGCGCUGCUAAAAUGGGUUGCGGAUUGAACAAGUUGGAGAAGCGUGAUGACAAACGGCCUGGAAAUAUCUAUUCGACGUUGAAGAGGCCCCAGGUGGAAACCAAGAUAGACGUGUCCUAUGAGUACCGCUUCCUGGAGUUCACCACCCUGAGCGCCGCCGAGCUCCCGCGGGCCUCGGCCGUGAGGCUGGCCUCCCUCCGCGACCUGCCCACCCAGCUGCUGGAGCUGUACCAGCAGGGCUUCACGCUGGUGGCCCUGCACCCCUUCGUGCAGCCGACCUGCGAGUGGGAGAAGACGCCCCUCGAGCACAUUUUCAGAGCCAUCCUGAUCAAGAAAACCGACAGAUCUCAGAACACUGAUCUUCACAAUGACGGCUACAUCUUGGAAUUAGAUUGCUGUUCUUCCCUAGGCCACCUGACAGACCAGAAAAUCAUCCCAGAGUUCAUUAAGAAGAUCCAGGAGGCUGCGAGUCGGGGCCUGAAAUUCGUCGGGGUCAUACCUCAGUACCACUGCCCCUCUGGGAACUCGGCAGGCGGCAGCCCCCUGCCGGAUACCCGGGAUGCGACAAAGGAUCCUGGCAGGUGUGGGGCUGCGGAGAACCUGGGGGCUGCAGACGCUCCGGUGGGGAUGGACGGAAGCCCAGAGCCCGGCCAGGGCCCGAGAGGGGAGGCACCCACUGUCCUGCAGCCCAGCUCACCCUCGGGAGCGGGGGAUGGCACAGAAUCCCCUCCACGCAGGGUGAGCGCGACCCUGGAUGGACCAGACGGGGACCCGUCGUCGGAAGGGCAUGGAGAGCCACUCUCGGCAAAAAUGGAGAUCUUCACCCUUUUCAACAAACCCAAGAGCCAUCAGAAGUGCCGGCAGUACUAUCCCGUCACCAUCCCUCUCCGGAUCUCCAGGAACGGCCAGACGGUGAGCAGUUUGGAUGCCAACUGGCUGGAGCACAUGAGCGACCACUUCCGGAAGGGCGGCUUCCUGGUGAACUCCGUCUUCUCCCUCGGGCUGGUCAACGAUUCCUUACACGGCCUGACAGAUGGAGUAUUCAUCUUUGAAGCUGUUUCCACAGAAGAUAGCAAAACCAUGCAGGGCUACGAUGCUAUUGUAGUGGAACAAUGGACAGUUCUGGACGGCGUGGAGGUACAGACAGACUACGUGCCCCUGCUGAACUCGCUGGCCGCCUACGGCUGGCAGCUCACCUGUGUGCUGCCGACGCCCGUCGUCAAGACAACCAGGGAGGGGAACGUGUCCACCAAGCAGGUUGUCUUUCUUCAGAGACCGUGUCUACCUCAGAAAAUCAAGAAGAAGGAAUCAAAGUUUCAGUGGCGAUUCUCCCGAGACGAAAUGCACAACAGGCAGAUGAGGAAAUCCAGAGGUAAACUCGGUGCCAGAGGCAAGCGGCAAGCAGAAGAAAACGAGAAGAAUCUAGAAGACCAGUCUCCCAAAGCCGGGGACGGGGGAAACCACGUGGCGGAGCUGCAGCAGGAGGACCGGGCCUCCGAGGAGGUGAAGGUCCCUGUCCAGGCGGAGGUCCCGGGAGAAAAGCUGUGUCCUGAUGGCCCGCCCUGUGUGGAGGGCGGGGCCGUGCAGAACGGUCCCUCCGGCCACAACCCGACCCCUGUGGGGGGCUGCGCUGGGCACCCCGGUCCUGAUGCUAGAGAGGAUGCCGGGGAGGGGGGUCCCGGGGAGGGGGCUGCAGAGCCCGAGGCGGCAGGGGACAACUGAGUCGCGGCAGGUGGCGCUGAGGCCUGAUGAGCUGGCACGCCUGGGCUGGGGGCCGAUUUGCCCUGGCGUCAUGUGUCACCCUUUGGCUUGGCUUGGCCUCCUCGUGAGUUACCUGGGCCCUCCAAGGAGGGCCGGGUCCCUGCCAGUGUUGGUUUCCGCACAUCCAUUUGAGAUAUAUCAUAAGGCUCCGGAGUUAGAACACAAGAGGGCAGGUUACUGCUAGACCUCGGGGCUGGAGGUCCAGCCCUGGCUCCACAGUGCCUCCCGGGGCGGGGAGGGGCUGCACCAUCCAGUGCCUGUGCCCAACACCCUCCCCCCAGGGCCUCCAGGGGACCUCGGGCCAAAUCCCUGGGCCCCCCUGGCUACAAGUCCAGGCCGAGUGUUCAUCCCCACACCCCGAGACAGCAGUGUCCAGCCCCUGCUCUUUGCUGCAGCUACUUGGUGAUUGUAACCUGCCCUGGUGCCUGGUCGGCUGCCUUUCUCCAUCUAACCACCACCCCCGACCCUGCUGCUUUGGCAAAGAAAAUGACAUUGGGAGGGGAGGUGCCCCACCUCCUGGCUUUUCUCCAAGUGUUCCCAUAGAUACUGGUAACCUGGAAAUGAAGGGGUAAUUCUGUGUGUGUAACCACUCCUGCAGAAUGUCCAAGAAAGUAUUGUGUUAGUAUUAAUGCCAAAAAUUUUUUUAAAGGUUUUGUAUUCAGCACUUCAUAUGAACACACGUUCUUGCUGUCAUUUCGGGACACACUGACUGGCGGGGAGCCCUUGUUAUGUGCCAUUUUAAUGUGUCAUUGGCCAAGUCGCUUCCCAUGUAUGCUACGACAUGUUUAUAUCAUCCAGAAAGUAUUGUUGAGGCUUUAAGUAGAUGCAGCUGGCAGACCUUGAAGAGAGAGUGCCAACCGUCUUGACCAACGUCUUGUCUCCUCUUUCUUGUUCAGUUACUUAAAGCAAUAAAUCAUCUAUGAGUUUA